AUGGCACUCCUUCGUGGGGCAUUCUGGGGUACCCCGCGUGCUAUGAUCGCCGGGCUCCUCCUGUCUCCACAGACCAUUAUCGUGUUGGCUUCAUCGAGCACCGCAUUCGACGUCUUAAACUACAUCAACCCUUUGAUUGGCAGCACGAAUGGCGGCAAUGUAUUUGCCGGCUCAACACGGCCAUAUGCCCUUGCAAAACCCGUAGCCAAUGUUGAUGGGGCCAACACUGGUGGCUUUGCGACUGACGGGUCCAACAUCACCGGCUUCAGUUCUGUGCACGACUCGGGCACAGGCGGCAACCCAAGUCUUGGAAACUUCCCCUUGUUUCCUCAACUUUGCCCUGGGGAUGAUGUCAACUCCUGCAGUUUCAGGAUCGGGGACCGGGCUACUCCCUACGUAGCGGAUGCAACCAACGCUAGGCCGGGCUACUUUGCGGUUGAGCUUGUCGAUGGCAUCAAGGCUGAGAUGACAUCAAGUGAACAUGCUGCAUUAUAUCGGUUUCAGUUCCCCUCAGGAAAUGCCACACAGCACCCACUCGUUCUUCUCGAUCUGACAGAUCUUUGGCAGAGUCGUCAGAAUGCAUCCGUAAGCGUCGACCCCGGCACGGGGCAGUUGAAGGGCAAUGGGACUUUCCUUCCGAGCUUCGGGGCUGGAUCCUAUGUUAUGCAUUUCUGUGUCGACUUUUUCGGCGGCAAGCCGGUCGAAAACGGUGUCUGGGUCAACAAUCGCGCCGGGCCGGAGCCCAAGGAUUUGUACGUAACUCGAGGCUUCAAUCUUUUCUUCCUGGAAGCUGGGGGUUGGGCACGUUUCAGCGACCUUGUCGACAACACCCUCACAGCAAGAGUAGGUAUCAGCUUCAUCAGCUCGGAUCAAGCCUGCACUCGGGCAGCCGAGGAAAUCCCUGAGCCGGCCAGCGACUUUGAUCGCUUGGUGACGCAGGUUGGAGAAGAAUGGCGUGCAAAGCUCAGUCCGAUCUCCAUCAAUCCUGGAGGAGCUAGCGACGAUCUCCAGACCAGCUUCUGGAGCGGCAUAUACCGCUCAAUGAUCUCUCCGCAGAACUACACAGGCGAAAACCCCAAGUGGGACAGCGGCAUUCCGUACUUCGACUCCUAUUACUGCAUCUGGGACGCCUUUCGGGUUCAACAUCCUCUGCUCACUAUUGUCGACCCCGUCGCCCAGGCCCAAAUGGUCAACGGGCUGCUGGAUAUAUAUCAGCAUGAAGGAUGGCUGCCAGACUGCCAUAUGAGUUUAUGCAAUGGCUGGACGCAAGGCGGAUCGAAUGCGGACGUCGUGCUUGUCGAUGCUUAUGUGAAGAACCUCACGGGCAUCGAUUGGAAUCUUGCCCUCGAUGCAAUUGUGCAAGACGCAGAGGUGGGACCACUAGAAUGGUCUUAUCAUGGACGAGGCGGCCUGCAAAGCUGGAAAAGUUUGAAUUACAUUCCAUAUCUUGACUUUGACCCUAUUGGCUUCGGUACUAACUCACGGAGUAUCUCGCGUACACUUGAGUACUCGUAUAACGACUAUUGCCUUGCGACGCUUGCCGAAGGCUUAGGGAAGACGGAAAUUUACAACAAGUAUGUUCAGCGGAGCACAAACUGGCAGAAUCUCUGGAGGGAUGACCAGAAAUCUAUGAUCAGAGGAAAUGACUCGGGCUUCACCGGGUUCUUUCAGCCAAAAUAUUUGAACGGUACCUGGGGUUAUCAAGACACUAUAGCUUGUUCGGCACUGGCUGACUUCUGCUCGCUUACAACCAACCCCUCAGAAACAUUCGAGGCCAGUAUAUGGCAGUACCAAUUCAUUGUACCUCAUCAAACAACAUCGCUUAUCAACCUAAUGGGUGGCGAUGAAGCCUUUAUCAGCCGCCUCGAUUACUUCCAUUCUUCUGGACUCGCUGACAUAUCCAAUGAACCGGUAUUCAGCACUGUAUACCUCUAUCACUACGCCGGCCGGCCAGCGCUCUCUACGAAACGCCUGCACACCUACAUCCCAGCUUCCUUCAAUAACUCAAAUGGCGGACUUCCUGGAAACGACGAUAGUGGAUCGAUGGGAGCAUUUGUAGUGUUUGGCAUGCUUGGGCUUUUCCCCAUUGCUGGGCAGAAUGUGUAUCUCAUCUCCGCUCCUUUUUUCGAGGAAAUCAGCAUUCGUAAUGGUCUCACCGGGAAUACCGCUAUCAUCAAGACGGUUGGAUUCGAUUCGGCGUACGAAAACGUCUAUAUUCAAAAUGUCACAGUCAAUGGAGCAACCUGGCCGAGAAACUGGAUCGGUCAUGAAUUAUUCACUGAAGGGUGGACAAUGGAAAUAACUCUAGGAAGUCAAGAGUCACUAUGGGGGACAAGAACUGAGGAUCGCCCACCAAGCUGGACCGAAACUACCACUUUCAGCUUCUAA